GGCUGCUUUGCAGAGCUGCCAGGGGGGCCGCAUGCGGAUCCUGCUGACGCCCAGGGCCAGAGUGGCUUCCUCGGUCAUCCGGCUUCUUGAUCCCGCCGGGACCCCCCGCCUGCUGAGGAAUGACUCCGCCUGUGGGAUAUCAGUGACCUCUCAGCCAGAUGGCUCCGUGGCAGUAGAGACGGCCUUUGAUGGAUGCUACACCCAGGUGCAGCCCAGAAUCCCAGACAGUCCAUCCAGGCAGCCCUGGCCCCUGGCCAUUGGACCUGCUGACCAGGGGAGAUUGAAGUGGCACCUUGGGCGCUGGGACAGGAACUAUCGGACCACUGUACAGAUCGAAGGCGUCAGGCCGGAUGGACGGAAGACCACCUACAAGGAGGAGCUGAGGUGCCCAGAGCCACGUUUAGGUAGUCGAGGGGGGGGGCUUUUCCGUGGGGACUGCGGGGUGGGGGCCCCUGUAGUUCCCCAUCUUCAGGGCCACGUGCUGCUCCAGUGCAUUAGCCACCAGCUGAAAUGA